UCCGUCAGCAGUGUUGUGUGUGUGUGUGUGUUCGUGGUGAGAAUGCGGCGUGUAGCCUGGGAUAAAAGUUGCGGGUUUGAGCUGAGCAGUGCGGGACUGAGGAGGAGGAGGAGGUGAUCAGCGCGGGACUGAAGCAGAGCGGCUGAGAGACGCGGAGGAGAAACUCAACUAGACGCUUUGUUCUCUAUAGAACGAAACCGUUACAUCCCGGGCUGUGGGGUGUGUGUGUGUGUGAGAGAGAGAGAGAGAGAAAGAAAGAGAGAGAACAUGGAUAACACAGAGAAUGGAAACAAAUCCGAGGACGAGCAGGAGUCUCCCGAGGACGAGGAAGUUGAUCCGAGAAUACAGGGAGAGCUGGAGAAACUGAAUCAGUCGACGGAUGACAUCAACCGAUGGGAGACAGAGCUGGAGGACUCCAGGCAAAGGUUUCGAGCUAUCCUGGUGGAGGCCACAUUUAAGCUAGAAGAGCAAAUCAGGAAGAUCGGCAAAGCUGUGGAGGAGUCCAAGCCCUACUGGGAGGCGCGGAAAGUGGCUCGACAGACUCAGGUGGAAGCUCAGAGGGCCACACAGGAGUUCCAGCGAUCCAUCGAGAUCUUGCGAGCAGCAAAAGAAACCAUCGCUCUAGCUGAGGAGAGACUUCUAGAGGAGGACAGCCGGCAGUUUGACUCGGCCUGGCAGGAAAUGCUCAAUCACGCCACCCAGAGGGUGAUGGAGGCGGAGCAGAGCCGGACACGCAGUGAACUGGAGCACAGAGAGACGGCGGCCAAAAACAACGCAGCCAUCAGCCACAUGAGACAGCUGGAGAAGAAACUCAAGCGCGCCAUCAAUAAGUCACGGCCAUAUUUUGAAUUGAAGUCCAAAUAUUAUCUCCAGCUGGAGCAACUGAAGAGAAAAGUGGAUGAGUGCCAGGCUAAACUGUCUCAGGCCAAACUAGAGUACAGGACGGCCCUGCGCAACCUCGAGACCAUCUCAGACGAGAUCCAUGCUCGCAGACGUCUCACAGCCAUGGGGCCCCGCUGCUGCGGAGUCGGGGCCGAGAAAGACGUAGGAGCCGGUGAUGACAUCAGCAACUUCAAAAUGGAGUCCGAUGGCAUAUCCAUAAUAUCAGAGACCUUUGAAGAGGAAAACUGUAAUGGUUCUGCCUCGGAUGAAGAUACAGAAACCCAAUCCACCUGCAGCCUGAGCGCCAACUCUGCUCCUUUGGACGUUCCCUGUCCAUAUAUCCCUUCCUGUUCAUCUCUGUACCCUCUUCUCUCAUCUUCAUGUCCUUUCCCUUCCUGCUCCACGCUUCCCUCAUUCUCUUCGUGCCACAGAGAUGUGCCACUACUCAGCCCGGGCUCAUUGGAGGGCUUUGAGAGUGUCUCGCCUGUUUUGGGACCUCGCAGUGAGUGCAGCGGUGCUUCAUCACCCGAGUCACCCGAGUGUGAGCAGGAAAGAGGGGAAAGAGCAGAAGGUGCGGAGAAAAAAACAGUAAACACUACACGGCCCAGCAGGCAGAAGAGCACUACCUUGGAGGUGGACGUGAGACGUCUGUCUCUGCAGCACCCAGAAAAGAGUGAGACGGAGACGAACACGGAUGCAGAGACGUUUAACGCCGCUGCUCCUCUGCUGCUGCUUAACUCGGUUUAAACUAAAAGAAGGACCUGAUCGGAUCUGUCCGAGCUCCUAAGUACUCGUGCAAAAGUGUCCGUCGUGUGUCAAAGGAACCUUUUGUCCAGCCCUUCUUAUAGACUGACAGAGACUAAACAGAGACUCACUGAGGACGAGAGGGGAAACGGUUUAAACGAGGAAGCAUAAGACAUAUAAAGGAAUGUGUAUGCAGUCAUUUGCCUAGAUGUGUUCUGGGUGUUUUUCGGUCACAUAACAAAUGGCCACGUCUUCCUGAUCUGCAUAUCACAGUGCUAGAGUGAUCGCAUUAUUCCUGUGUGUUGACGGUGUUAAUGUGUGUAACAUGUGUCAGCGGUGUUGAAUACUAGGCCUACAUACUCUUCUCUGUAUUUAAUCCUACAUGUUAGUCUUAUGUGUUAUUAUAGGACUAUGAACUAACGUAGCAAAGGAAUCUAUAUUUAUAUUUAGUCUUGUUACCAGUGACCAAUGUGUUCUCGUGGGACAUUAACGUAUUAUUAUUAUUAUUAUUAUUAUGUAAUAAACAUGAACUUGGGAA